UUGAAAACGGUGGAACCCAAUUGAGUCUGAGAUUGAGAGUGAGAACAUAAUGGCCAGCAAAGAAGAAGAAGAAGAAGAAGAAGAGGCACCAAUGGGGAAGUUGGGUUCCUACGGUGGUGAGGUGAGGUUGGUGGUUGCUGGGGAGGAAUCAGCUGCGGAGGAGACCAUGCUUCUUUGGGGUAUUCAACAACCUACACUUUCCAAACCCAACGCUUUUGUUUCUCAAUCUUCCUUGAAACUUUGCCUUGACUCUUGUGGCCACUCUCUCUCCAUUCUUCAAUCCCCUUCUUCCUUGGGCACGCCUGGAGUAACUGGAGCAGUGAUGUGGGACAGUGGAGUUGUAUUGGGGAAGUUUCUAGAGCAUUCUGUUGACUCAGGGAUGCUUGUUCUUCAAGGCAAGAAGAUUGUUGAGUUGGGAUCGGGUUGCGGAUUAGUCGGUUGCAUUGCAGCUCUUUUGGGUGGUGAAGUCAUUCUUACUGAUCUGCCUGAUAGGCUGAGGCUACUUAGAAAGAACAUUGAAACCAAUAUGAAACAUGUUUCUCUACGGGGUUCUGUAACAGCAACUGAAUUCACAUGGGGAGAAGAUCCUGAUCCAGAAAUCAUUGACCCCACACCUGAUUACGUGCUAGGAUCUGAUGUUGUGUACAGUGAGAGGGCUGUUGCGGAUUUGCUUGAGACACUUGGGCAGCUCUCUGGGCCUAAUACAACAAUAUUUUUGGCUGGGGAACUUCGAAAUGAUGCCAUUCUUGAGUACUUCUUAGAAGCUGCAAUGAAUAAUUUCACAAUUGGCCGUGUGGAUCAAACACUCUGGCAUCCUGAUUAUUGCAGCAACCGUGUUGUUCUUUAUGUUUUAGUGAAGAAAUGAUUGUUAAAAUUAAUGUUUUGUUGUCUUGUGAAAGUGAAUCAAUAAUUUAACAUUUUGAGUACUAUUCUUUCUCCUUGUUC